UCAAUUUUAUUUACAUUUUUUUUUUUGCAACUAUUUUUUAUUUACAUCUUCAAUUAACAGAAAUAGUAAGGCCACCAUACCAAUUUCAAGCUUACACAUAUGAAAAAUGCCUUUCUACUCGAGAAAAGAGAUAUAUGCAUUCCUUUUCUUUGUUGCAGGAUUGUGAGUCGUCUACUUAUAACCAUAAAACAAUCAUUUCAUUACUUUAUUGAUGUUCUUUUUUGAAACUACUUUAUUGAUUUUUAUGUACUUAAUUCAUAUCUUUGUCAACGUUGCUGAUUAACUCAUUUUAACAUUAAUCACUAAAUCACACGAUCGAAUAAAAAAAAUAGGACAAUGAAAUCUUGAAGAUCCUUUGAACAACUAACACUCGCAUAAUAAACAAAUAAAAAACACAACGUGCGGGUCAGUACACUAGCCAUGGCUAACACGUUCAUCUCUCUAUACAUAUGGCUAUAACUUAUUGCUUAUUCGUGAUUUUAGAGACCAAUUCUUGAAACUAAAGGAGAAGAAAAGAGACUCAAAGGAUGGGGAAAGAUUUCAAAAGCAUGGUCACAAGAUGCAUCUACGUCGGAAAAGAGAACGGUAACGCCAAGAAGUUGAAAACCAUGACUGAGGAGCUCAGGGAUCUACACAACAACGUGAUGAAACGAGUCAAAAUGUACGAAGACCAACAGAAGCUAAAGCGGCUCGAGAAAGUCCAGGUGUGGCUUAGACAAUCGGACGCAGCCAUCAAAGAGGCAGAAGAGAUGCUGAUGAUGUACGUGUCUUCUUCUUCAUUUUCGAAUGGAUCAACCGUGAUGAUUAGUAGCAGUCACAAGGUAGACAAGAAGAUUUGCAAGAUGCUGAAAGAGGUUCAGGAGAUAAAGAGCAGAGGAACGUUUGAUGUUGUGGUUGAAAACAGUGGCGUUGUUGUUGGUGGUGGGUCGAUGAUGGUCUCGACCGUUGAUAGAGAUGAUCAGACGGUUGGGUUAGAAGCUGUUUCAGGGUUGGUGUGGAGGUGUUUGACGGUGGAUAACACUGGUAUUAUUGGGUUGUAUGGCGUGGAAGGUGUUGGGAAGACGACGGUGUUGACUCAGGUUAACAAUAGGUUGCUUCAGCACAAGUCAAACGGGUUUGACUUUGUGAUUUGGGUGUUUGUGUCCAAGAAUCUGAAUCUUGAGAAGAUUCAAGACACGAUCCGAGAGAAGAUAGGGUUUCUUGACAGGUCGUGGACGAGCAAGACCGAGGAAGAGAGAGCUGGUAAGAUCUUCGAGAUACUUAGCAAGAAACGGUUUGCUUUGUUUCUUGACGACGUUUGGGAGAAAGUCGAUCUAGUGAAAGCUGGUGUGCCGUCUCCGGAUGGACAGAACAGGUCGAAGAUUGUGUUCACGACCUGUUCAGACGAGGUUUGUCGGGAAAUGGGAACACAGACUAAGAUCAAAAUGGAGAAGCUGCCGUGGGAGAGAGCUUGGGACUUGUUUAAGAAGAAUGCUGGGGAAGAGACGGUGAAGAGCCACCCGGACAUAACCAAGGUGGCUCAGGAGGUUGCAGCCAAGUGCGAGGGCCUCCCAUUGGCACUGGUCACAAUAGGCCGAGCAAUGGCAUCUAAGAAAACACCUCAGGAGUGGCGUGACGCUUUGUACAUCUUGAGUAACUCUCCUCCAAAUUUCUCAGUUCUCAAGUUACUGGACAGGAACUAGUUAAUGUGCACUCGAGGAACAAUCUUGCUGUGCAUGGAGAUCAAAAAGAUAGCUGCGUACAUUUUGAUUAGGGAGAUUAAUUAAUGACUGUAAUUUUAUCUGUGUAUCUUAUUUGAGAGUUUAUGUCUUCUUUAUGUAACCGGCUAGAGUUUGAAGAAUUUGGUUGAAGGCUUGGAAUGUUUUGAACUUUUGAUGGUUAAUUAUUGGUUUUGUACU